AUGGCUUCCAUCGUGCCGGUCAUGAAGCGGCAACUCUAUCGGACUGUGGCUCAGACGGCCCGGGUGUCUUCGAGACAGUUGGCAACCACCACACGACUGCUACGACAAGGUCCUGGAACCGGCGAGAACUUCGAACAAGCCAAUGACCCUUCUGGCCGGAAACUGACUCCCAACGUGUCCAAGACAAAUGAGAUACCGGUUGAUGCGAGGGGUAAUCGAGAUGCACCUCUUCAAGAGAUGGCGUCAGAGGGAGAGAAAGCCAGGAUUAUGCAGGCACCUAACAGGGAAAAGCCGUGGUCUAGGAGUCAGAUGCCCAGAGAGCUGGCAAUGACAGGUCCACGAUUUGAACAGACGAUCAUGGAAGCUCAGCCCCGGCCCUACGCUGCGAUCGAGCUCAUUCAUAAACAACCCGUCCGUUGGGUCAAGGAUAAGAGCGUGGCCUGUGACGGUGGCGGCGGUCCCUUGGGGCACCCGCGGAUCUUUAUCAAUGUGGACAAACCCCAGGUCUGCUGGUGCACGUACUGUGGGCUCCCAUAUGCUAAGGAAGAACACAAGAAGUAUCUCGAAUCGUUACCAUCGACGCCGUAUCCUCUUGCACCCACGGGCGAUCCAGCACAAGUCCAAAUGCCAGCAACACCCAGUCAAAAAGGCGAGAUUCAGGGUCAUUAUCCCUUGUUGAAGGGCGAGCAUCAGGCAGAGAGUGUAGGUACUGAGUCAUUUGAGCAGAGAUGA